AUGCAAUCAACUGAGCGGUAUCAUUGGUUUCGGUAUCAUAACAAGUUGAAAAAAACAACUGGAUUAUCUGCAAUCGUAACUGGAGGAUCAUCAGGACUUGGGUUGGCUACAACUAAAAAACUAAUUGCUGAAGGAUGCAAUGUGUUAGUGUGUGACUUACAAAAGUCUCCUGUGCUAUCAGAACUAGGCAGUAAUUGUGUUUAUUGUGAAACAGACGUUGGCUCAGAAUCUGAUGCGAAAAAAGCUGUAGAUUUGGCCAAGAAAAAUUUCUCAAAACUUCAUAUUUUGGUUAAUUGUGCUGGAUUGGCAGUGGCCUGUAAAACAUUCAAUGCCACACGGCAAACACCUCAUCCACUGGAUUUAUUUGAGAAAGUAAUAAAGACUAACCUUAUCGGUACUUACAAUAUGAUCCGACUUGCAUCUGGUUUAAUGAUAGCGAAUGAACCAGACGCUGAUAAUCAACGUGGUGUAAUAAUCAAUACUGCAAGUGUUGCAGCAUAUGAAGGUCAAGUUGGACAAGCUGCUUAUUCAGCAAGUAAAGGUGGUAUUGCUGGUCUUACGUUGCCAGUUGCUCGUGAUCUUGCACGAGAAGGAAUUCGGUGUGUCUCCAUUGCUCCAGGUCUACUUAAUACGAAGACAAUAAUGGGAGAGCGUGGAUAUAAACAAUCAAAUCUCGAUUAUUUAAAUGAUGUUCAAUUGGCAAUACAGCGUAUGGGAUUUUUUGAUACUCCAUUAUUUAACGCCGUACCAAAUGCAGAAUUGUUGAAAAAGCUUUCAUUAAACCCGAAUCGUAUAGGUAAACCAGAAGAAUUUGUAAAACUUGUUGAAGCUAUCAUCUGUAAUCCAAUGCUUAAUGGUACAGUAAUUCGAUUGGAUGGAGGUGUACGUAUGCCUCCUUAGAUAAUUAUUUCUUUUUAACUCUCAUCAUUACAAUUUAAAUAUGGCAUGUAUAUGAUUUUUUACACUUACAUUAAAAAAAAUUGCUUGAAUUCUUUAUUAUUUUUAUUUUACUUUAUUUAAAUAAAGUGACCAUUAUCAGUAUGGAGUUGUAAAGAUUGUUACGUUUUUGAUUGAGUUCAUGAAUCGAUUGAUGUUAGACUACCAUUAAAAACCUGGAAGUACUAAACGGCCGUUUCGUCCUAGUGUGGGACUCCUCAGCAUUGCUCACCUACGAGUUCUAGAGGGAAGCCGUAACCAACAGAGCUAAUCCAUUUCAGGUAGAAAUAGGUAUCUACCUCAGACAAUAAAAGACAGUGGUGCGAUUUCUUGGAUUGGUUGAAAU